AACCUGGACACGCUGUGGGCUGAAGUUUCCUUCUGAAUAAAGGGAGCCAAUUCCUCCAGGAUCCUGGGACCAUCUCAGAUCUUACAGUACUGAGACCUCAGCCACCACAGGGAGCUAGCUAAAAGGCAAGCCUGAUUCAGGGGUCCAGGGUUUGACAUCAGAUCCCUUCUGUGAGUUGGGAGGUUUUAGCAGACACUCUGGUCUGUCAGGAACUGCUGGUUCACCUGCCUGGAUUAUGGCCUGGGCUGAGUGGCUUUUGGAAGUGCCCUUUAGUGAUCAGAAACAGCCUCGUGACCCCGGGGUCCUAGCACCUGUCAUCAAAGGACCUUGAGGUAUUCAAAAGUCGGGGAAGCCUGGAGUGACUUUGUCUAAAGUGCAGGUCCCAGGUUUGGGCUGUUCCCCGUCCCAUCCCUGCUGGUUGCAACCAGAACAUUCCUGCCUGCCUCUCCCUCCCCAUCUCCUAAUGACGCCAUACUUCCUGUGGGCUGAUCUUGUCACCAGGCUUCAAGAGCACCUCCUUCAGAAGGGACCCAAGCAAGCCAGAGCAAGGGGAGGUGGGUCCUGAAAAGCGAAUGAUGGGAAGCAGGGAGCUCUCCUGGGCUUCUGAGCAUGGCUGGGUGCAGCUGUGAGCUCAGCAAUGGGGGAGUCGAGAGGAAUGAGUAUUUUCCGUCGUGCGGAUAAAAAUGAUGACGGGAAGCUGUCCCUGGAGGAAUUUCAGCUCUUCUUCGCAGAUGGUGUCCUCAGUGAGAAGGAGCUGGAGGAUCUCUUCCACACCAUUGACUCAGACAACACCAACCAUGUGGACACCAAGGAACUGUGUGAUUACUUUGUGGACCACAUGGGAGACUACGAGGAUGUCCUGGCCUCCCUGGAGACCUUGAACCAUUCGGUCCUGAAAGCCAUGGGCUACACCAAGAAGGUGUAUGAAGGUGGGAGCAAUGUGGACCAGUUUGUGACCCGCUUCCUUCUGAAGGAGACAGCCAAUCAGAUCCAGUCGCUGCUCAGCUCCGUGGAAAGUGCUGUGGAAGCCAUUGAUGAACAGACCAGCCAGAUCCGACAGGAGCACUGCAAACCCAGCCACGGCAUCACCAAGAGCCACUACGGAGGCCCCAGUCCUCCCUACAUCGCCAACCACAAGCUGGCAGCCCCGGAGCCAGGGAGAAGCCUGCCUAUGGCCACAGGGGAGCCAAAAGAGGAAGGGCUGGAGGGCCAGAUAAGCCGGUUGGCAGAGCUGAUUGGGAGACUGGAGAGCAAGACCCUCUGGUUUGACCUGCAGCAGCGCCUCUCAGAUGAAGAAGGAACGGACAUGCACCUGCAGCUGGUCCGGCAAGAAAUGGCCGUAUGCCCUGAGCAGCUGAGCGAGUUCUUGGACUCUUUGAGACAGUACCUCCGUGGCACCGCUGGAGAAAGGAAUUGUUUCCACGUUGCUGCAGUGAGGAUGGCAGACGGCCUCACCUUCGUCAUCUACGAGUUCUGGGAGACAGAGGAGGAGUGGAAGAGGCACCUGCAGAGUCCCGUGUGCAAGGCCUUUCGACACGUCAAGGUUGACACCCUGAGCCAGCCUGAGGCACUCUCUCAGAUCUCCGUGCCAGCUGCCUGGUGCACUUCGGGCCGAGACUGACCCCUCCCGAGGCCCUGUUAAGGAGCCUAGUGCCCCCCUCCCCCACUUCUUGUAAAGGACACUACCCCUUUUCUAGAGACUUUGGUACACAGCUGUCUUUUCAAUAUACUAAUAAAAGGAUGUGUACUUACCCCCGCUACGACAUGGAGGAGGCCCCUCCCCUGGCAUCCACACCUGACUCGACUUGGCAGAGCGUAUUGCUGGGAUACUGGUGAGGACAAGGUUAGCAGGGAUGGCUUCCCAGGCCAGCCUCCGACCAACACCUUCCCACCCCAGCUUGCCUCUGGCCUCCCUGACUCCUCAUGGCUGAGGCCCAGCUGGACCCACCUCAGAUGGACGGGCCUCGUUCUCGACUUCCCUCUUCCUUGAUGGCCCUCUACCUAGUAGGAGCUGUGACCCUGUAGUACCCAGUGUAGGCUCCGGUAGAGCCCAGGUCCCCAGCACCAUGCUAGGCCCACAGCCACCAAAUAAAGUCUGGUUAGGAACAGUG